CGACUUUGUCAACUAUUAGCCCAUUUGGUUCGUGAAACCAGUCUUCUACAGGCUCGUCUGCUCUAUCUGACCGAUGCCGACUGGGCUGCUUUUUGGCCACGCCUGACUGCUACUGACUUCACUCAACCUCUUCUCGUUAAUUUACCUGCUCAGUCUCCCAUUUGCACGUCCAACUCCUCUCAGGCUCACCUCAACGUUGGAGAAAGUUGCAAUUUUGGUUAUAUUCCAGCGCUCCCGACAUCCAGACCCGAUCAGCCUUCCAAUUUUAACUUUGUUCGACCAAAUUCCUCCCACAGAUUCGAAAGCGAGCCAGGCUGGCAUGGCGCUCUGGCUAGGCAUCUUGAGGCACAUGAGCCAUCCGAAUGUUAUAAUCGAGCCGAUAUCUCUCCUCGACCCAUUAAUCCGAUUCGUUCAGUGGGCCUAAGAGAGCUUCUUAAAGGCUGCUCGUCUGAACAGCAAGCUACUUUUUGGACACAAGAGGGUCUGGCAUAUCCCGUCAAUAGAGAAGGCGAACCGACGAAGAAUCAAAGAGACCUGAAGGAUACUGAUGAAAAGGUGAUAGUAGUUCCUUCGUUACUUGGUGACUUACCAUCGUGUCGCACUCAUCAGAAGCAAAGAACCUUCGUUAGUCUAUCGGAAACCAGGUAUUGGCCUGUGAAUUGA